GUGAACAUGAAAGCCAUUGGAGUUUUUGGACCAAAACUUGAAUCUAAACUCUCUAUUCGUUCACAGACGAAUACAUUUUCGUCAAUCAAACUCUCUUGCUUCUCGCGAACCUCAUUUCCUGGUAAACCCCGAAAGCUUGUUCCUUUGAAGGCCAGUACCAACACUCUGGCUUGUGAAGAUGAAAAAAAUCGCAAGUUCACGAAGAUGGCCCCUUCUGAGUGGGGUCACCAAUUCAUCGAUGUUCAUGUUGAUGUCUCAGAAAUGGAUUCGAUUAGAAAAGAAAUCGAAGCAAUAAAGCCAAAAGUGGAGGACAUAUUCUUGUCUUCCAGUGAAGUUGAUUCAAGCAAGAAAGAUAUAUGUUUCAUCUAUUUGCUCGUCAGCCUUGGUCUUGCGUAUCAUUUUGAAGCUGAGAUUGAGGAGAAUCUAAGAGAUGGUUUUAUUAAGUUUGAAGAGAUGUUAUCUGGUGAAGAUGAUUUGUACACAGUUUCCAUCAUCUUUUGGGUUUUCAGAACAUAUGGUUACAAUGUUUCUACCGAUGUUUUUAGAAGAUUCAAAGGGGAUGAUGGAAAAUUUAAAGAAUGUCUUAAGGAGGAUGCCAAGGGUAUCUUGAGCUUGUACGAAGCUUCUCACAUAGGGACAAUGACAGAUUAUAUAUUGGACGAAGCCAUGAGUUUCGCAUCGAGUUACUUGGAGAAGUUAGUUGCAAGUGGGACAUGCCAGCCUCAUCUUUCCAGGAGUAUACAAAAUGCUUUAGGACAACCGCAACAUAAGAAUGCGGAGAUACUAGUUGCAAGGGAAUAUAUCCUGUUCUAUGAACAAGAAAAAGACUGCGACGAGACGUUACUAAUGUUUGCCAAGCUUAACUUCAAAUUCCUCCAGCUACUUUACCUUCAAGAACUCAAAGAGCUCUCGAUAUGGUACAAGGAGAAAGACUUUGAAUCGAAUUUGCCACCUUACUACAGAGACAGAUUAGUGGAAAUGCACGUAUCGACGCUAGCAUAUUUCGAGCCAAAAUACUCACGUGUGAGGAUUAUGGUAGCUAAACUAUUCGCGAUUCAAAUAGUUCUUGAUGAUACAUGUGAUAGAUAUGCUUCUCUUCGUGAAGUUGAAAUCCUUGCCAGUGCAAUCGAAAGGUGGGAUCUCGAUGACUCCAUGGAUGGCCAACCUGAUUAUUUGAAAUUUGCGGUUAAAUUUAUAUUCGAUACUUUCCAAGAGUUUGAAAGAGAAGUAAAAUCAGAAUUAGGAGGAUCUUACAGCUUGAAAGCUACAAUUGAUGAGUGCAAGAGAAUCACGAGAGCCAAUCUUAAACUCGCUAAAUGGGCAGAAGCGGAUCACGUCCCUAGUUUUGAGGAGUAUCUAGAAGUUGCUGGAGUUGAGGUCGCUGUGGAUUUUACUUUAGCUGGUGUUUUGUUGGCUAUGAAAGAUAUCUGCAAGAAAGAAGCCUAUGAGUGGUUGAAAUCUAGAGACGAACUUGUGAUAUCAAUGUAUAUAAUAACUAGAGUGCUAAAUGAUCUUUGGGGCUACGAGGAUGACAUGAACAGAGGGUAUGUCACAAACUCGAUUAACUGUUACAAGAAGCAAUAUGGAGUUACGGAAGAAGAAGCAUUUAUAAAACUUCGUCAAAUUAAUGCAGACGCUAAUAAGAAGUUGAACGGGGAGCUUUUGAAGCCAAUUAACGUACCACGCGAAGUUCUAAAAGCAAUGUUUAACUGUGGACGUAUGACGAAUGUUUGCUACGAAAUAGAUGAUGAAUUUACCCGUCCUGGUGAAAAAAUCAAGAGCCAUAUCACUUAUAUGUACCUUGAUGUUUGAUUGAUAAGUCUGUUUGAGACUUUGCUUCGUUUUCGGAAUAAUGGACAUGUUCUCAUUAGUUAUUUGAGUCAAUUCAGGUUUACAACUUGUUAAUCGAUCUGGUGUGUGGUGUGUGGUGUGUUGUGUGUAGUUUUCGUGUGUCAUGUGUACUGUGUCUUUUAUUUACGUUGGGUCAGUUCUUGUAUUAUUCCCUGUAAAAGGCAUUGGAAGUAUAAAUAAAGUAGAU